AUGUUGGGGAAUUCAAAGCAGGGCAGCCCGCCGUGGGGCCUGAAAUGGAGGUCAUCUACUAUUUUCAUCAUGUUCACGGUCUCAAUGUCAACAUUCACGGAGUUCUUCCUCUAUGCCAUGAUUGUUCCCGUUUUGCCCUCAGCGCUAGUGACACGGGCGGGAAUUCCCUUUGAACAACGUGAAUACUGGGUCAGCAUUCUUUUGAUGUGUGAAGCUUGUGCUUCCGUCAUCUGCUGUCCAAUUUUCGGGUAUCUGAUAGAUAUUGCUGGCACUCGUCGAUUUCCCUAUCUCUGCGGCCUUUUUCUACUCGCAGCGUCAAUGAUCCUUCUUGCCUUUGCCAGAGACAUCUCUAUGUUCAUCAUCGCACGACUGCUCCAGGGCGGCGCGACGGCGAUGGUGGCGGUCGCUGGGCUGGCGUUAGCGACGGAUUCCUUUGACAAGGAGGCCCUCGGCACUGCAGUGGGCUACCUGGGCUCGGCCAGCGCAUUAGGGUUUGUGUUAGGCCCGCUUAUAGGCGGGCUUACAUAUGACAAUCUUGGUUAUCAGGCAGUCUUUAUCAUAGCAAGUGUUCUGGUUGUAAUUGAUUUUGCGCUUCGAAUUAUUUUGAUUGAAAAAAGAACCAGUCGCUAUUGGAUCGAAGCGGAUGUUGAAUCGCCUGAGAAUAUUCGAAGUAUUGCCGCAAAUCACACAGAUUCGUCAUCAACCGAAGGAGGACUUCCUGUGCAAAAGCUUAUUCGACAGCCGCGGAUUCUCAUCACCCUUUGGGCUCUUCUGGUCGUUGGAAUUGUAUUUUCUGCAUUUGAUACCACCCUUCCCAUAUUCGUCGAGUCCACAUACCACUGGUCCCCAGUUGGGGCUGGGUUAAUCUUCCUGCCAAGUGCUUUUGCGUCGCUUUUAGGACCUUAUUUCGGAUCCCUUUGUAAUUACUACGGCCCACGAGCUAUGGCCUUCACUGGGUUCAUCCUUCUUUGCCCAACCUUGACCUGUCUCUCCUUGGUUGCUCACAACUCGUGGCCCCAUAUUGCUGCUCUGAUCUUUCUCCUGGGUUUGACUGGUCUUUUCAUAAACCUGGGUCUCCCGGCUUUGUAUGUGGAGUCUCAAGCAGUCCUCGAUGAGAUGGAGCUCCGCAAGCCAGGGAUUUUUGGGCCCAAGGGUGCCAUCGCUCAGGCAUUCGGCCUGCAGACAAUGGCCCAAUUUAUUGGAUUAUUUUUCGGUCCUCUGUGGGGUGGAUUUAUAGAAUACCACUAUGGAUGGAAGACUAUGGCAUGGACCCUUGGCCUGCUUGUCUUCAUCACGGCGAUUCCUGUUCUUUGGUUGAGUGGCAAGUCUCAUGAUGAAGUUCAUGGUCCAGAGGCCGACCCUCUUCUAGGAAACGGACACGAAGAAUAG